AUGCUCACCAGCGAUUGUUGGGGGACCCGGUUGAGCGACUGCGCGUUGGGGGAUAACGCCGCGGUGAACGGGGUGGGCGGCGACCUCGCCGUGUUGGCAGCGCCGUCCAAGGGGCGCUCUUCGAUGCUCGAUUCGAUCGCGGCUGCCACAGCGGCAACACCACGCACCGCCGUUGCUCCGGAGCCCUCCAGUUCUGCCGGAAGCGCAUCAUCGACCGUCACCCCCGCCGCGGCGCCGGUGGGGGCGGCGACAGCGGCAGCCGCAGGGGCACCGCCAGCACCCUCACAGGCUCCGGCCACACCGGCAGCUGUCCACGGGGCCACCACCGCCGCUGCCGCCAUUCAGCCGAUCUUGGCGUCUUCCCGUAAGUUGCCACCCGGCGCAGCCGCCACAGCGACCGCGGUCCUGUCCGGCUGCAGCUUCCGCCCGGCCCGGCCCCAGAGCGACCCCGCCGUCCCCUGGGCCGACGGGAGGUCGGAGACGGCGGCUUCGCCGUUCCUGUUCGUGCUGGACGGGGGGACGGUGGAGCUAGUGUCCCCGGUAUUCGAGGCCCCGGGGCAGGCGUUUGUGGCGCAGGUUGAUCCGCCGGCCUUUCCCUCCGACAGGGAGAGCGAAAUCUCACAUCUGCGCAUCGUGGGCUCCGGCGGGCCUCAGGCUACCGGCGCGCACCCCGCCUUCACGGGUUUCCACCAAAACGACGGCGCCAAUGGGCGCCGGCCCCGAACCACCGCCUCCGGCGCGAAGUUAUCGGUCGUGUCAGUCGGCGGUCGCGUCUCUUUGGUUGAUACCACGGGUGACGACGACCGACGGGCCGGCAUAAACGACGGGGAACGAUUAACGAAGCCAGCGGUGGCGGCGGUAGAUACGACUCCGUCCGCGCUGCGAGACUUAGCCUUGCUCGGGGCGGAGCUAUUCCUGGAGGGUGGAAGCGACGGGGAUGAGCGGCAACAGCACCGAGGCCUCGCGGUGGAGAAUUCGGCCAGGUUCCGCACGGCCAACGUGUCCGCCGUUGCUUCCGGCGCCGCCAGAAGU